GGGGGGGAGUGGCUAGGGGUGCUUCGUGGUGAUGAAAGGUAAGAUAUAUAGAGGUUGUAUGACAUAAAAGGGAUUCCCUCCUCUUUCCCUUCCAGCACCAUUACUUUUUCCUUCUCUACAUCCUCCUCUUCCUUCUCCACUUUCUCCUUCAACUCAUCUUAAGGGGUCAAUUAUCACCUUCACUGCCAGACGUGUCUCCACUUGAAUACGUCGUACAUAUUCUCUUCUCUCUUUAUCUUAAGUUAGGUUAAGUUGGAUUAGGUUAGGUUAUUAGGAUAUUUAUUUAUAAAUAAGCAUUAACAAGAAAUCUGUCACGAAAAGUAGAGCUAAUCUGAAAACAAGCACUCAAUGGAAAUGUAAAUAUUUACAUGGCUGUCACAAUUGCUUCAAGACGUCAAUUUCUUUACUUUUCUAGUUUCCCUCAUGUUAUUUUCAUUUGUUUUAAAUUAGGUAAAGUUAAUUUAGAUUAGGGUAGAUUACAUAUACCUAUAAAAAUAUAUACUUAAUCAGAAGCAAAUUACAAAAAUCGUGAUUCGUUUGUCAACGAGGUGGCCUAGUAGAGGUAGGGGGGGGAUAAGGCAAGUAACGUUAAAAAAAAUGUAUGCUCAAAUUACUAAAUAAAUAAAUAAAUAAAUAAACGUUUAUCAUUCUUGGUGUGAGAAUGUGCUGUGUAGGCAGCGCCGAGGGUAGGAUAUCGUACAGCGUUGCGUAUGAGGAAUAUUGUGUUCCUACUCUCAGGACACUAAGGGAAUAACAUUCUUACCAGGCACAAUCUUGCUGGUUAUUCCCCGUACACACAACACUAUCGCUCAUUUUGAAGCUGCUCAACAAGCGCAAUUUUCAAUUUGUUACUUUAAGUGCACAAUGUGUUGAUAAGAAUUAUGUCCUCCGUAAAACAUAUCCUUGUGAGUGCAGUAUUAGUGUGUGUUGCGAGCAUUUUUUCGGUGAAUGCACGGAGCGCUGUUCUUGAGUGCCAUAACCAUAGUUGGAAUUCCUGUCAAAAGAGAAGUUUGAACCAAGGACUACACACACUGGGCUGUCAGUGUGAUCCAGCGUGUGCUUAUCAUGGUGACUGUUGUCUGGAUGCUGCCCAUUACCGCAGCCAGGAAGCACAGAAAUAUACGUGUGUCAGCUUGUCCGGUGGAGGCGUUCACAUGAAGGGAAAUUGCAGGGCAGGCUGGCAGGACGCGGAGGUAGCCAGGUUGUGCGAGGCUGGCUCCCCUGCUGACAUUUCCAGCAGCGCUGACCCAGUGGGUAACCUCCCCGUCACUAGCAUCACCUCCGUCACCUACACCAACUACUACUGCGCCAUCUGCAAUCAAGACUCUCACAACCUCACCUUGUGGAAGGUGCGUCUGGUGUGUCCCUCCCUCCAAGUGAAUGGCACAAAGGAUCCCGUAAAGCAAGAUUCUUUACGUCAUUUGCAGAUGAUCGAUAAUUCCUGGGGAAUAUAUUCUGACGAUAACGGCUUAAAGGUUUUCCACGAGUGUAACAUAGAAAGUCAGGCUCCCAGUAGUGUGCAGCAAAGGAUGUGCAGACCUUCGGUAGGUGAGUGUGGUACAGGUUGGAGACAACACCACAUACAACAACAAUGCAACUCUUACACUGCCCUGGUCCAGACUCAGAGCACAACGUAUAAAAAUCUCCACUGCGCACUCUGUAAUAACGAAAAUCGCGACAACCUUUCCUGCAUUGCUCCAGCAUCACCUGCAAUUAUUAUCACAACUACUUCCUCCUUCGGAAUCUUCGUCACUAAAUCAGAUGAUUUGCCAGGCCCACCAUCAACAUCGGUGUCUGAAAUGCCCCAUCCGCCGUUAAUUUCACCAAGACCUCGAGCACGACCAACAACACCAAUAAUACGACCGACGCAAAUUCCACCAAGACCACCACUGAUACCACCAAGACCAACGAUACCACCAAGGCCACCAAUGAUACCACCAAGUCCACCAGUGAUACCAUCAAGACCACCAACACUACCACCGAUGCUAACUUCACCAAGACCAAGACCAAGACCACCAAUGACACCACUAAGACCACCAACACUACCAGUGACACAGCCGACGCGAACUUCACCAAGACCAACAGGAGGACCAACACCUUUCACGAUACUCGUUGACUUUACAGACAGAUGUGGGAAUAACGAGGUUGGCUUCAUUUUCAGUUGUGGGCACGGCGGAAUUUGGGAUAUAUUCACUAAAAAAUGUCGAGACAUCACGUGUUGGGACAAGCAGCAGAAAUUCGUAUCCGGCAGCAGUCGUGAUGGUCUCUCUUUUACGACUUUAACAACUGCCUCCUCCAAUACUUCCUUCUCUCAGCAGCACCUUAAUGAAAGUAACGCCCAUUUAUUCCGUGUGGCCAUUGUCGAUAUGGAAUUAAGAAACAUUACACCACAGUCACGUGGUACAAAUAAUACAUGUUUACAGGCAUUGCUUUUCGAGCACGAGUAUGACAAAAGUGACAAUGGUAGCCUGGUUGUGGAGAAAUAUGACCGGGUAUAUAAUCGUGGCGAGUAUGAGGUGGUUGAGGGAGGGAUGGUGGUAUGCGCGCCACACUCACCCACAGAAAAAUUCUCCCAUGUGAUGGGAUGGAUGACACUGGCGGGUCUUGGGCUGUCAUGUCUGUGUCUCCUGCUGCAUCUGGCUGCCUUCCUUCUUGUUCCUCAUUUUAGGAAUCUCCCGGGCAAGUCUAUGGCGUCUCUCUGCUUAUCUCUUCUCACCGCCUAUACCAUCUUCAUUGUCAGCACCUUCGUUGAGUCUGGAACGACAGGAUGUUACAUCUUGGCCGCCCUAAUGUAUUAUUCUUUCCUCGCCUCCUUCUGCUGGAUGAGUAUAAUUGCCUUCGAUGUUUGGCAAACAAUUCGACAGUCUAUAGGUGAACUACGAGUAUCAUCUGGGAAACAAAAAAGCAAGUUCUUAGCGUACUCAGUAUACAGUUGGCUGCUCCCAGCCCUCGCUGUGUUCGUCACUGUGGCUCUUGAUCAGACUGCCCCUGCAGGCCUUCCCUCAGGGUUUCUGCCAAGUUUGGGUCAACGCUGGUGCUGGUUUGGUCAGCGUAAAGCCCUGCUGGUGUUCUUUGCGGUUCCACUACUCGUAGUUAUGGUACUUAAUGCAGUAUUUUUCCUUGCCACUGCAUACGUUAUCAGUACCAGCAAAGAGUCGAUGCUUCGCAUAAGCUCAUCUUCCCACUACAAUAAACGGUUGCAGAUGUACGUGCGUCUGGCUGUACUGAUGGGACUCACGUGGAUCACCGGAAUCGUAGCUGGUUACCUGCAGCUGGAGUCAGUCUGGUACAUCUUCGUGGUGCUCAACACGCUACAGGGAGUCUUCAUCUUUCUGGCCUUCACCUGCAGGAGCAAUGUGUUGCGGGCAGUGAGGAAGUUCUGGCAGACAAAUCUCCCGUCCAUUGUCACCGCUUCUCAGGUCUCGGUAAACACAGAGUCGACCAAACUGUAGAGGGUCUUGUCUCCUGUGCUGUUAGGCAGCAUGUCUGUCUGACUCUCGGGUGACCGUGGGAUCCAGCUUCCACUACUCUACGCAGAAUUACUUACACACGUAUUGCUUUUUAAAUUAAUAAUAAUAAAGAGUAUACUACUUCAUACGCACUAUGAAUCGACGCCAUCAACUACAAAUAGGUGAAUACACACACACGCACGCGCGUGCGCAUAAAUCAGGAGUAAUAAUAAUAAUAAUCUUUAUUUCUUUAUGUUUAGAGACCUGGCUGACAUGAAUGACAUACUACAAUACAGGAAACCCCUUGUUAUGCAGAGCAUUUUGGGUAAAUUAGGUCGAUUUUAUCCCCAGGAUAUGACCCACACCAGUCGACUAACACCCAGGUGUUAGUCGACUGGUGUCGACUAACACCUGGGUGUUAGGUGAACGUGGACAGUAGGUGUCUUAAGGAAACAUCCUAAUGUUUCAGCAGUACCAAGGACUGAACCACGGACCUCAACGUGUGAGCUGAGUGCGGUAGCAAUCGAGCUGCGGGACAAUCUAAUGCUGUGAAUGGGCGUAAGUCAUAUAUUCUUUAAGCGAAUUUACGAAAUUAAUGCAUUUUUUAAGUAUUAAAUAGAAAUUACUUUUGAGGAGUGUGUUGGGUGCGGUAGGCUGUCAUACAGGUGUUCAAAGAUUCUGCAGUUGUACAUAAUAUCUUCUGUAUCCCAUUGCAAUACUUUUCCUCCGUAUUUGUUAAGAAAACAUUUCUAGUAUCUUUUCAGCAUUCUUUUUUUUUUCUCAGUUUAUAACUGUGGAGUCUUUCUUUUGCAUGGCGAUGUGUAUAGGGUGUUGUACUUGUUAGUUGUAAUUGCAGGGGAGUUGAGCCAUAGCUCCUGACUUUGCCUCUUAACUCGUAUCGACUGCCUUUGCUUCCUGGCACUAAUAGCGGUACUUUCUAUUACAGUGAGCCUAAACUUCGAAUACUGAAAUAUACUGCUGGAAGACUAGGCCUAGCCUAUAAAAAAAUCGUACCCUUGAAAUGCUGAAGCUCUUUCAUACUGUCCUUGCUGUUGCCAGGGAGCGUAUUACAGAGCCUAAGAAAACACCCUGUGAAACACAUGUCACUGGUCUCAAUGACAACAUCCUACUUAGCCGGGCAUUUAAAGGUAUAAAUAGAAUUAGGGGAAACAGGACUGAUCAGAUUCUCUACACAGAACAUAGAUCAAGAAUGGUUAUAUAUAUAUAUCCUUAAUUUUUAAAGGGGUGAACCGGUAAGCCAGCAGAAGGCCUCUGUAGACAGCCUGUACUGUCUGCACAGACAGCCCAUGCUGUCUGCCAGCUUAGUUCAUAUUUCGCACCACUCAGGUGCUGCCCUCUGUAGCCAGGCCUCUAGGUAGGCACGCCAGCCUGCCGGCCCAUGCCUCCGUCUCACUCACACAGCGGCCUAGCAGCAAGACACAAGGCCUCCCAGCUCUCUCGUGGGAUGGCCCUGCCCGGGCCAUGGGCACAACACAAGCCUGUGUACCCACCACGACAUUAACAAUAAAGUAAGAAGCCUCCGAAGAAGUCUAUCAUUAACCACUCGCUUACAGCACCUACCAAACAAGCCCGUUAUAUUGGUGGCAGCGGUGCUCGCAGCAGUUGUGUUUGCCUGGAGAGAGGGAGGAAGAGGUAUGAAGUCAUCUUCACUUCAUCACCCUACACAAGAAGCAUCCGUCUCUCAACAAGUUAUCCUGAUGUCGUGUCUGCACGUUUGAGCAUCCAGACACAGGUACAAGCAGGAUCCAGGCCAAAAUUUGCCGAAAUUCUCCGAGAAUUGUAAGUGGCGUCACAGUGACCCCACGCUACAGUGACUCCACGCUAGUGUCCCACGCUGUUUCUCAAGUCACGUGUUCAGCGUCACUUGUAUGUUGUUGUUGUUGUUCAGCUCAGCACAGCUGUUUCAGCAAGCCAGAGGUGAGUUUUGUGGUGAUUUCUGUGUCCAGUGUGAGUUCUCUACGUAUUUGUGGGUGGGGGAGGAGAGGAGAGGAAGUGGCUGUUCCUCACCUUGCCCAUGCUCGCCCUACUCAUGCUCACCCGUCUACCAUACACCACUCACCACUGCCCACUCCCUCUGCUGUGUUUUCUGCUGUUUUUCGUGUGAUUCAUUGCCAGAGCUGUGUAUCCGAGUGCCCGAGGCCACUCGAAGCUACGUGGAUCAGCAUGCCACGUAGAUCACGACGCCACGUGGGUGUGGGCAAUGUCACGUGGAUCUACCAGCCACGUGAGUUACCAGAUGUCCCAGGCCUCAUGCUGUGGUCUGCUGCCCACAUCACAUCGACGUCACCCAUGAUGCUGCCCGACUUCAUGACGUCACGAUGUCUGCUGACGUCACCUCGAGAUGUCUGCUGACGUCACCUCGAGAUGUCUGGUGACGUCACCUCACGAUGUCUGCCUGACGUCACCUCGAGAUGUCUGCUGACGUCACAGUGCUGCUGACGUCACCUCGCGACAUCACGCCUGACAUCACAUGAUGUCACCAUCGAGUGUUCAGUAAUUGUUUCAGUAUUGUCGAGAAGAUUGAGUGAAGAUAUAUGUCGUGUGUUAAUUAAUUCCUCUCAGUCAGUGUUCUCACAUUUUAGUAUAUGUCUUAGAGUCAGUUUUAUGCACAGAAAAGUAUCAUUUGCUAGUUUAAGGGAGCAGUCAGGUUCACGGGGUCGACUUUUUUAUUUUUCAACCGAUUACGUUCAUUUUUGGUGUACUAUUAGAAGCUUACAUCAAACCUCCUGUGCUGAAGUUUCAAUCAUAUCGGCCAAAAAGGAAAUGAAAUAUGCAAAAUUUUCGAAAAAUUGCAUGCCAUGUUGUACCGCGGUGUGUUUUUAAAGUUUCCGUGUGUCCAGUGAGGUCUGAGCCAGACCUGAGUAGCACCACUGUGCUAAGUCACCCGUGUGACCAGUACGUUUGACAGCUGAUGUCAAGACAGCUCCGAGUGACCGAGCCCUCUUGUACAGAAAGCUUUUAUGCUCGUCGCUCGUGUUGUUCUGCAGAAUCGUACCUGCUACGAUUCCCAUCGAGAUUUGUUUCACUUCACCUCCAGAUCGUCAGAGUGCAGUUAUAUGUAGAGAAACAAGUCUGGGGACGCUUAGACUAACCUCUGCUAUAACUCCAACUGUAGAGAGAAUGACACACUGUGUCAGCCUCGUGUCACAAGCUUCAGUGAGCAGCCUGCACAAAGAAGAUGUCACUUUGACUGCUAGCUCUCUCACUGCAGUCUGGUAUAUGAUGUUAUGACUCCCAGAUGUUUCGCCCAGUCGUCUCUGCCAUGACUCACUCCACAACUCGCUCCACGCUCGCCGGCAGUGACAGCCCAGCGACAGUACCGGUCGAGAAGUGUUCUGAGUCGCUUGCCAGAAGUCCUGCCCAGUUGCGGAGUUUUGUCGACGCCUCACUCGAGGGCACCAGCAUGUUGUGCCCCAGGUUGAGUGAAACCUGCAGCGACUCCUACAAUGACUGCUUCACCGUUCCAGAGGAGACCGUAACCUGUUACAUCACAGCUCAGCCACAGCGAUGUCUCCCGUGUUGCAGUAUCUGUCCAGAUGCAGGAAGGCGUGCAGUGAUGCCCUUCGACGCUCACUGCCUAUGACCACGAUGUUUAGCACACCCCACAUGUUUUUUUCUUCCCUCCCUGUAGGAAGUUUUUUUUUCCAUGUUCAUAUGUAUAUAUAUGUUUUUAUUUUGUGUUCUGUGCCUUGUUCCUAUGAGAGAGAGACCGAGUUUCUUUUACCACCAGUAUUGUCGCAUCGGGACGAUGCGCAGUAGGUGGCCGAGCGUAUGUAGACAGCCUGUACUGUCUGCACAGACAGCCCAUGCUGUCUGCCAGCUUAGUUCAUAUUUCGCGCCACUCAGGUGCUGCCCUCUGUAGCCAGGCCUCUAGGUAGGCACGCCAGCCUGCCGGCCCAUGCCUCCGUCUCACUCACACAGCGGCCUAGCAGCAAGACACAAGGCCUCCCAGCUCUCUCUCGUGGGAUGGCCCUGCCCAGGCCAUGGGCACAACACAAGCCUGUGUACCCACCACGACAUUAACAAUAAAGUAAGAAGCCUCCGAAGAAGUCUAUCAUUAACCACUCGCUUACAGCACCUACGAAACAAGCCCGUUAUACCUCGGUCAGAUGACCGAAAACUCCAGCUGCGGGUCAUCAUAUAACUAAGAUCCGUGUCAGGAAACACUUGUCCUGUUUCCUGACAAACCUUACCUAACCUAACCUACACAGAUAGAAUGGGUUAGUUUUUGCUAGGGCUGCUAUGUCUGCCUAUGACAAUCUCUUCAUUAUAGCACAGACGGAAUUACAGGUUAAACAUGAUGUCAGAGAGACUGAUUUAUUUUUAUGCUCAGCAUGGAAGAUUAGUGCAACAUUCCCGUCACUAAAUUUGAGCUCGAUGCUGCACUAACUAAAAGCAGAUCCACGUCGCCUGGGAAAGAUGGUAUUACUACAUACUCAGAUUAGCUAUGUAACAGGAAGCUUCUUAUCAUUCCCAUUCCAAAAGCCAAUCAACAAAAUGCAUUUCACCCAACAUCUCUUACUAGCUGCUUCAUGUAAUACAUUUGAGAUGAUUAUUCUAAAUCGUCUUAUUCAUAAAAUCAAACAAUUUCUGUCUCACUGGUUGCAUGACUUCAUGCAUGAAAGGAAUGUGCAUCAUUGAAUAGCCACUUUUUUCACCCUACACAUUGAGAGCUUAAAUCCGACAUGUAAUCAUUAGUAAAUAUACGAGAAUGGAUGUAGGAGAAUGGCUUCUCCUCUGGAUUAAAGGUUACACCUUCAUGCCAGGGGCAUAGAGAUGUAAUAAAGACUUUGAAUUAGGAACCUCACAGGUAGGUGGGAUUCCUAAUUCAGUCCCACCUUAUUCAUUAUUCUGAUUAAUGCUUUACUGAAUGCUAUGCCUAGCCAGCGCUAUCAUUAUAUGAUUAGCUUCGCUGAUGAUGAAGAUUCACACCACCGGAUUCUCCUACACCCAAAACAUCCUUAACCAUAUACUAGCCUCGUGUCUGGACCUGGGGUUGAUUAUCUCGGCUGAGAAAACGAAGAUACUUAACAGGCGUCCUUCCCGACAGGAGAAGGCACAGUCCGCAGAAACUAGUUGCGUGUAACCAGAUACGGGAUCUAAAACUUGAGGUCCCACUACUUGGACUUGUAGCAAAACUUUGUCUCCAAUACAAGGAAAGGCUGAGAACACUUAGAGCUGUGACAAGUUUUCAUCCCAGGUAUAAAGUUAAUAUUAAAAUUGUGAAAAAUUAUUUAAUUUGCUUACAUUAUAUUACUGGUUGAUUAUGCUGCACCCUUACUUGCUAUCGUGUCUGACCGGAAGCUUGGAGAGCUGGAACAAUUGCAGAACGAAGUGAUGAGGAUCAUCCUACGAUGUUCCUGUACCACCAAAAUUCUGAACAUGUGGAAAGAACUUUAUAUUCCAAGCAUCUGAGAUCGUGUCACUGAAAGAAAUGUUGUCAUUGGUGUUAAUAUGCUCAAGCAAAACCCAUCCAAACAUUUGCACAGAAGCCCUCCAAACUUUCCUGAGCACUAAAGCACUCUUCCAGAUAUAUCAUAAAAACUGGAACUGACCUUCGAAUGGAUCAGAUAUAUGAUCUGUGUCAAGUAAAACAACAGCGACACUUCGCACCAUGGGAAAUUACCUCAUUCAAAACCACGAUAUCUUCCUUUUCCCCCUGUAAAACUUUUUUUUUAAUCACAACAAAGCUUCGUCGCGAAACCAAGCAUGAUGCCUAAAGUUGUUUUGAUACCUUAGUCACACAGGACUCUUCCACAAAUUAUAUAUAAUUAUAUAUACUGACUACUGUUCAUCAGUCCAUUAGUGCCGUUGUUGUCUCUCAUAUAGCAUGUUGGCUCUCAUAUAGCAAAUGGAACACUCAUCAAUAACUUGUCUACCCUUGAAACUGAACUACUUGCCAUACUCCUUGCACUCAAAUAUGUCUAUGAAUUGUAACUGAAUUGUAACUGAUUCUAUGUUCUUAAUUCCUUGAGUAUCAGUUGUGGCAUGCUUGUAUCAAAAUCCAGUCUCCAGUCCUACCAGGUAUGAUAGGAUUGUAGACUGGAUUCAGAAUACACUUCUCGCGGAUUCCAUCUCACAUUGGUUUUCAAAUGCAUGAGAGAACUAAUGAAUUGGCGAAGGCAUAUGGAGUAAGUUGAUCACAAUCUUGGGCUGUCAGUUAGCAGUUUGAGAAUAAGAAAAAAACUCCAAAUGAAUUCCAUUGACUUGAGACUGAGGGAGACUGACACCAGUCAAUCCAUCUAUCAUCAUUCUGUCAUAUAGGAAGGGCCUCAUAACUAUGGCGCAUCCAACAACAAACUCAGCAGAUUCCUGGGUGUCACUACAGCCCAGCUCCGGCCGGGUUACAAGCAUCUCUCUGGGAGGUUGCAUUACCAUCACCAGUUGACGUGGACAUAACAAAAUGUAAACUUUGUCAGAUGGACUACUGACAUACUUUGCGUCAUUAUAUACUGGAUUGCCAUCAGAUUAAUGAAUUCAGAGACAACUCACUCACAAAUGUUCAAGAAAUGUCAAAGUAUUUUAUCCACAGUGGCAUACCAACCAUUCUGGAAAAAAAUACUCUGACUUUGCUUACUGUAAAUAACUCAUACCCACUUAAACUUGUUUAAAUUUAAUUGGCCAUACCUUGCUAAAAUAUAAGGCAUUGUAAAUAAUUUCAGAACUACAUAAAAGCUAUACUGUAAUAUUUUUGAGAAUUCAUGUAGGCAUAAAUAACUCAUUACGAUUGUAACAAGAUAUAAUAUCUUCAUUUCUACAAGUACAUGUACAAGGUAUACAGGCCUAGCUGACAUCAAUGACAUACAGAAAGCCCCUUGCUAUGCCAAGCAUUUCGGACAAAUAAAUAGUUCAUUACCACUGUAACUCGUUUAGCUAUCAAAAACUUUGCGGUCCAGUCCCUGGACCCAUUACGUACCUCUGAUCUUUUGACUACCGCCCACAGGAUAGGUAUGGGGUGCUUAAUAAAGAUAUUAAAUUAAGUUAAAUAUUGAAAUACUGUGUUUCAAGUGAUCCUUAAUAUUUAACUUUCCUGAGACUGGGUUUACGUGAAAUGGUUCAACAGGUAAGAGAAAAGCUGUGAGAUGUUACAGUGAUUUAUCCUGUAACCAGGUACCUCUCAAUAAUUUUGUAAUUUCCACCAAGGCACGAUUUCAGUGUGCUUGGGUUUGUGGUCCCCGCGAUGUGAAAGUGGAGAGAGGCCAUAGGCAGAUGCCCUGGCCUCACUUUCUCAACAACAGCCUUGUAGACGACACCUAUCUCUCUUGGUCCUUGGCUUCUGGUUGCUCCUCACUAUUGUUGCCUUAUUUCCAAUACCGAUAGUAGUUAAUACUGAUAAAUGUUCUGAUGAAAUAUCUUACAACAGGCGACCCACUGGAGGCGAAGGCAAUGGGAAAACCAAAACAGGUUUUAAGGAUGCUGCUAUAAACAUGUUUGAGUUUCAGAUACCCCCACAGUCCUUACUGUGACUCACCAAUGUUUUUGGUCGAGCACUGUAAUCACCAAGGAAUAUUGUGAGCACUGGUUUAGUUCAAGGCAGGAAGUCCAUAGUUAACAUCUCGGUAGGUACAUACAAAUAAAAUAUAUUUAAAGUAGAGAUUUCUACAUAAAUUCUAAAACUAUGGUAUUUAAGCCUCUCGGCUUUCUUUUAUUCAUGAGAGGUUUAUAAGAAAGUAACUUCGCAUGUAAGAGUUUGUAAGUUUGUGGUUGAAGCCAGAAAAGGAAACUUGGGGAUAAAUGAAAUCAGUGGGUCAAAGAUUUACUUAGUGGAAUUCGGGGAGUGUUUGAAUUCGGGGAGUGUUUUAAUAACUGAUGUAAUGUUUCACCUAGGAAUUGGGAGCUAGCAUGUAUUUUAUGGCAUUGUAGUAGCCCUAGAUACCAUUAAGUUGAUCAGCAUAUUGAAGUUGACUAAAAAGGAUGCAGACAAGGUUCGUUUUAUUUAGCAUACCCUUUUCCGUGGAACUCUUAAGUUCCCCCCCCCCUCCUCUUAUAAGGGUUGUAUGGCAAUCUGUGCGUAGAGGGAGUUGCAUCAUGCAACGUUAGGGAAGAUAGGUCAGAGUAAAGGAGCUCUCACCGUAUUACUUUCAUCCUCAUUAACGUUGCAGACAUUGUUAUUAUCACUAUCAUUCCUUGCAACAGAGGAGGGUGGGGUAAGGAUUCCUUGAUGAUGGCACGAAGGUUGUGUAGGGUCAAGGACUGCGAGACCAGCACCAGUGUUUGUGCAUAAUGUAAAUUGUUUGUUUUGUAUACUGACAUUUUUUAACUAUACCUGCGUAUUGCUUUGGGAAGAUGAUCGGCUAAAUGACGAGACUAUAAUACGUAUAUGAAAUUACUAAUAUCUUGAAGAUAUAAUUGUACAUACUGGGUUCUCAAAUGCGUCCAUGUAUCUAAGGUUGAUACUUUAAUUGUAACUGAUUCUCUGUCAUCCAUAAAUGCUCUCAACUCAAUAAGUAUAAAUUGUGGCAUGGUGAGACUGUGGACAGUGGAGUCAGAGUGCACAUGCUGUGGAUUCCAUCUCACAUUGGUCUUCAGAUGCAUGAUAGAACUGAUAAAUUGGCUAAGCUGUAUGCUUUCAAAGAGGGAGUAGAUUACGAUCUUGGGUUGUCAGUUAGCAGUUUGAGAACAAUAAUACGAAAAGAACUUCAAUUGAACUUUAUUGACUUAAGACUUAGGGAGAUUGACACAAGUCAGUCCAUCUAUCAUCAUUCCAUCAUGCAGGAGGAGCCACAUGUCUAUGGUGCACCAUUCACAUUGCUAAACUCACAAACUAGUAUUUAGUCACUUAGCCAUAAUACCAACUUACCUCAUAAUUUGUAAUAUUUUAAAAUAAAGAAUUAAACUAAGUCUGCCCGAAAUGCCUAGCCAUGCUAGGCGUUCUAGUGGUACACUUUGUAAUCAUUAUUUAACUACAUGUAAACCACACAACAACCAAAUUCUGUAAAUUCAACAUUGUAAUCUUUAUAGAGAAUAAACUUUGAAUUUGAAUUUGAAUUUGAACAAGAUAAGCAGCAGACUCUUGGAUGUCACUACCGCCCGGCUCCGGCUGGGUUACAAGUAUCUAUGGCAGGUUAAAUCACCACCUCCAGAUGUAGACCAAACGAAAUAUAAACUUUGCCAGAUGGACUAUUGUCACACCUUGCGUCAAUAUGUACUGGAGUGCGAUAAAAUUAAUGAAUUUAGAGACAACUCACUCAGAAAUGUUCAAGAAAUGGCAAAGUAUUUUAUCCACAGUGGUAUAUUACAGACCAUUCUGGAGAAAUGCCCUGACUUUGCUAGCUGUAAAUAAAGCAUUACCACGUGUGUGUGUGUGUGUGUGUGUGUGUGUGUGUGUACUCACCUAGUUUUACUCACCUAGUUGAGGUUGCAGAGGUCGAGUCCUAGCUCCUGGCCCCGCCUCUUCACUGGAAGCUACUAGGUCACUCUCCCUGAACCGUGAGGUUCAUCAUACCUCUGCUUAAAGCUAUGUAUGGAUCCUGCCUCCACUACAUCGCUUCCCAAACUAUUCCACUUUCUGACUACUCUGUGGCUGAAGAAAUACAUCGUAACAUCCCUGUGAUUCAUCUGUCUUCAACUUCCAACUG